UCUUGACCAUUUAGGGUUAUUGUGAUUUGUAAUGAUACCAGAUGAUACGAUCACAGAAGAAGAAGAAGACAGUGUUUAGCUUUGAUCAAGAUUUACCAAAUCAUCUUUCAUAUCACCGAUUGAGAACGAACGAACUCCGAUUCAUUUGUUUCUUUCACUGCUAGAACAGGAAUGUCGGAGCCCCGGGUCACCAUUACACUCGGCCGCUCCGGUCAGGUAGUAAAGAAAUCUGAGGCUCUGUAUGCAAAUUCUCAGUUCUCAUCAGGAGGUAAACGGCCUAUGGGUCAGAGGUUUGAGAAUGAUGGGUAUGGUUCUUCUUCGGUGACUAGAAACAAGAGGUUACGAGGAGAAUUUGGUCCAUACCAGCCAGGUGGACGAAUUGGUAAAAAUGACCUGCGACUUAAACUGAUGCAGAAAGAGGCUAUUAAGCAAAUGCGAAAUGAGGUUGAAGCAAGGAAGGUAGAAGAAUAUAGACCAAUGCCUAGAACUACAUGGUCUACAGAAAGAGGUUUUUCGGGACGCACUUCACCACAAAGAGUAGAGAAAGUGAUGCACGAAGACUUAUCAAGAAGAUCUUACUCUUCUUACCCUCAGGAUUCUUUAGAAUCUCCAUCAAGAGAGAGAGUUUAUAACACCUCUAGGGAACUAUUGACAUCUGCAAGACAUGAUGAAUUACUUGGAGUGCCACCAAGAAGAGCAAAUGGAGCUCAAGAAACGCAAAGGAUUGUGGGGAAUCGUGCUCCAGAUCCUUAUAUGAUUUCUAGUGGUCCACCUGCUAUUACUGCUAGGGCCAAACCGAUGGCAGGACCUCCAACAACAAGCUGCUUUCUAAAUGGAUCAUAUAUGAGCGAGCAGCACCAAACAGUGAGUGGUUUGUUGAAUGCCCUGGGUCUGCAGAAAUAUGCUGUUCUUUUUCAAGCUGAGGAGGUGGAUAUGUUAGCACUUAAACAAAUGGGAGACAAGGACUUGAAGGACUUGGGAAUACCAAUGGGUCCAAGGAAGAAGAUUCUACUUGCAGUAUGCCCCCCUUCUAGAGUAAGGCCAUCACAAAUCUGAUUAAAUAUUUUGGAGAUCUCAUUAUUAUCAGUAGUAGUAGGAAUUUAUUAUCAUAUGUUGUGUACUUGAAAAAAUGUUAAAAAGGUUUGGGAGAAAUAUAUGAGUUGUUGGAUGAAAAGAGAGUGUUUCUCUCAUUUUAUGAUUGAUUUUUAA